AUGGGGUUGCAGCCCGAAUACGACAACUCAGAAGAAGAAUUGACAUCUACUCAGCUUAAACUUGCAAAUCAGUUAAGUGAUCUUAGUGAAAAUCAGAUUCAAGCGAUACCAAGGAAGGCAUUCCGAGGAGCAGUAGACAUAAAAAAUCUGCAACUGGAUUACAACCAGAUCAGCUGUAUUGAAGACGGGGCAUUUAGGGCUCUGCGCGACCUGGAAGUGCUUACUCUCAACAAUAACAACAUCACUCGACUGUCCGUGGCAAGUUUCAACCACAUGCCCAAACUCAGAACAUUUCGUCUUCAUUCCAACAACCUCUACUGCGAUUGCCACCUGGCCUGGCUGUCCGACUGGCUGCGGCAGCGGCCGCGGGUGGGCCUCUACACCCAGUGCAUGGGGCCGUCCCAUCUCCGGGGACACAACGUAGCGGAAGUCCAAAAACGGGAGUUUGUCUGCAGCGAUGAGGAAGAAGGUCACCAAUCCUUCAUGGCUCCCUCUUGCAGUGUCUUGCAUUGUCCUACUGCAUGCACCUGUAGUAACAACAUUGUGGACUGUCGUGGGAAGGGCCUUACUGAGAUCCCAACAAACCUUCCAGAAACCAUUACUGAAAUUCGGUUAGAACAAAAUUCAAUCAAGGUCAUACCUCCUGGAGCUUUCUCACCAUAUAAAAAGCUUCGAAGAAUUGACCUGAGCAAUAACCAGAUCUCUGAAGCAGCUCCAGAUGCUUUCCAGGGCUUACGUUCACUCAAUUCACUUGUCCUCUAUGGCAAUAAAAUUACAGAACUUCCAAAGGGCCUAUUUGAAGGACUCUUUUCUCUGCAAUUGCUAUUAUUGAACGCCAACAAGAUCAAUUGCCUGCGAGUUGAUGCUUUUCAAGAUCUGCACAACUUGAAUCUUCUUUCUUUGUAUGACAACAAGCUUCAGACCAUUGCAAAAGGCACUUUCUCACCCCUACGUGCAAUUCAGACCUUGCAUUUGGCUCAGAACCCAUUUAUCUGUGACUGCCAUCUGAAGUGGCUGGCGGAUUAUCUUCAUACAAACCCCAUUGAGACCAGUGGUGCCCGUUGCACCAGCCCCCGCCGUCUGGCAAACAAAAGGAUCGGCCAGAUCAAAAGCAAGAAAUUCCGCUGCUCAGCUAAAGAACAGUAUUUCAUUCCAGGCACUGAAGAUUACAGAUCCAAAUUAAGUGGAGACUGCUUUGCAGAUUUGGCUUGCCCUGAGAAAUGUCGCUGUGAAGGGACCACAGUGGACUGCUCCAAUCAGAAACUCAACAAAAUUCCUGAUCACAUCCCCCAGUACACAGCAGAGUUGCGACUAAAUAACAACGAAUUUUCAGUCCUGGAAGCUACAGGAAUCUUUAAGAAACUUCCUCAGCUGCGUAAAAUAAACCUGAGCAAUAACAAGAUUACUGAUAUUGAAGAAGGAGCAUUUGACGGAGCCUCUGGUGUGAAUGAGCUAUUGCUUACUAGCAACCGCUUGGAAAGUGUUCGACACAAAAUGUUCAAAGGACUAGAAAGUCUCAAAACACUGAUGCUGAGGAGCAACCGCGUGAGCUGUGUGGGAAACGACAGCUUCACGGGCCUGAGCUCGGUCCGUCUGCUCUCGCUGUAUGACAACCAGAUCACCACCGUGGCACCCGGCUCCUUCGACACCCUGCAUUCGCUCUCUACGUUAAACCUCUUGGCCAAUCCCUUCAACUGCAACUGCCAUCUCGCGUGGCUUGGAGACUGGCUAAGGAAGAAACGCAUUGUGACGGGGAACCCUCGCUGCCAAAAACCCUACUUCCUCAAAGAGAUUCCCAUCCAGGAUGUGGCAAUUCAGGAUUUUACAUGUGAUGAUGGAAAUGAUGACAAUAGCUGCUCUCCACUGUCCCGCUGUCCUGCAGAAUGUACUUGUCUAGACACAGUAGUUCGCUGCAGCAACAAAGGCCUGAAAGCUUUGCCUAAAGGCAUCCCAAAAGAUGUAACUGAACUUUAUUUGGAUGGAAAUCAGUUUACCCUUGUUCCAAAAGAGCUUUCCAACUACAAGCAUUUAACACUCAUAGAUUUAAGUAACAACAGAAUCAGCACUCUUUCUAAUCAGAGCUUCAGCAACAUGACUCAGCUGCUCACCUUAAUUCUCAGUUACAAUCGCCUGAGGUGUAUCCCUGCACGGACUUUUGAUGGGUUGAAAUCACUUAGGUUGUUGUCUUUACAUGGAAAUGAUAUUUCUGUAGUUCCUGAAGGAGCUUUUAAUGAUCUUUCUGCAUUAUCACACCUGGCUAUUGGAGCAAAUCCUCUUUAUUGUGACUGUAACAUGCAGUGGCUGUCUGACUGGGUAAAAUCAGAAUACAAAGAACCUGGUAUUGCACGUUGUGCUGGUCCUGGAGAAAUGGCAGAUAAACUUCUUCUCACAACUCCUUCUAAAAAAUUUACUUGCGAAGGGCCUGUGGAUGUUAAUAUUCUUGCUAAGUGUAACCCCUGUUUAUCAAAUCCAUGUAAAAACGAUGGAACCUGCAACAAUGAUCCAGUUGACUUCUAUAGAUGUACUUGCCCAUAUGGUUUCAAGGGUCAAGACUGUGAUAUUCCCAUUCAUGCUUGCAUUAGUAACCCAUGCCACCAUGGCGGAACUUGUCAUUUGAAAGAAGGAGAAAAAGAUGGUUUCUGGUGCACUUGUGCAGAUGGAUUUGAAGGUGAAAACUGUGAAGUAAAUGUUGAUGACUGUGAAGACAAUGACUGUGAGAAUAAUUCUACUUGCGUGGAUGGAAUUAAUAACUAUACUUGCCUUUGUCCACCGGAAUAUACAGCUGCUAAUCUGAAUGAAGUGGAAAAAGGUGAGCUCUGUGAGGAGAAACUAGAUUUCUGUGCUCAAAACCUGAAUCCUUGCCAGCAUGACUCAAAGUGUAUCUUGACACCCAAAGGAUACAAAUGUGAUUGCACACCUGGAUAUGUAGGUGAGCAUUGUGAUAUUGACUUUGAUGACUGCCAGGACAACAAAUGUAAAAAUGGAGCACAGUGUACUGAUGCAGUUAAUGGAUAUACAUGUAUUUGCCCAGAAGGAUACAGUGGCUUGUUUUGUGAGUUUUCACCACCAAUGGUUCUGCCUCGCACCAGCCCUUGUGAUAAUUAUGAAUGUCAAAAUGGAGCCCAGUGUAUCAUAAAAGAGAGUGAACCAAUCUGUCAGUGUUUAUCAGGCUACCAGGGUGAGAAAUGUGAAAAGCUGAUCAGUAUAAAUUUUGUCAACAAAGAAUCCUAUCUACAAAUCCCUUCAGCUAAGAUACGCCCCCAAACCAAUAUCACUCUACAGAUUGCAACAGAUGAAGACAGUGGGAUCCUGCUCUACAAAGGCGAUAAAGAUCACAUAGCGGUAGAGCUGUACCGGGGUAGAGUGAGGGUCAGUUAUGACACAGGAUCUUAUCCAGCCUCUGCUAUUUACAGUGUGGAAACUAUUAAUGAUGGCAAUUUCCACAUUGUGGAGCUGCUAGCUAUGGAUCAGAUUCUGUCUUUAUCUAUUGAUGGAGGAAGCCCCAAGAUAAUUACCAAUUUGUCCAAGCAAUCCACUCUGAAUUUUGAUUCUCCACUGUAUGUAGGAGGGAUGCCUGUGAAAAAUAACAUAGCAGCUUUACGUCAAUCUCCAGGACAGAACGGCACCAGCUUCCAUGGUUGCAUCCGUAAUCUGUAUAUCAACAGCGAACUCCAGGACUUCAGAAAUGUGCCACUGCAAGUGGGAAUUCUGCCAGGUUGCGAGCCUUGUCAUAAGAAAGUUUGUGUGCAUGGAACAUGCCAUGCUACCAGCCAGUCAGGCUUUUCCUGUGAGUGUGAAGGAGGAUGGACUGGACCCCUCUGUGAUCAACAAACUAAUGACCCGUGUCUUGGAAAUAAAUGUGUGCAUGGUACCUGCUUGCCGAUCAAUGCGUUUUCAUACAGUUGUAAAUGCCUGCAGGGACAUGGGGGAGUCCUCUGUGAUGAAGAGGAAAUGCUGUUUAACCCCUGCCAAUCCAUCAGGUGUAAACAUGGCAAAUGCAGGCUUUCAGGACUUGGGAAACCAUAUUGCGAAUGCAGCAGCGGAUACACGGGGGACAGCUGUGAUAAAGAAAUCUCUUGUCGAGGGGAACGAAUCCGAGAUUACUACCAAAAGCAGCAAGGGUAUGCUGCGUGCCAGACGACCAAGAAGGUAUCGAGACUAGAAUGUAAAGGAGGAUGUUCAACCGGGCAGUGCUGUGGACCACUGAGAAGCAAGAGACGGAAAUACUCUUUUGAAUGCACUGACGGGUCGUCAUUUGUGGACGAGGUUGAAAAAGUGGUGAAGUGUGGCUGUACAAAUUGUCCCUCCUAAGUGUCCCUGUCACACUUGUCUUUUGAAAAUGUUGUAUACUUAUUGACCGCGUCGGACUAAUUAAUGCUUCAUAGUGGAAAUAUUUGAAAUAUAUUGUAAAAUACAGAACAGACUUAUUUUUAUUAUGAGAAUAAAGACUUUUUCUUCAUUUGAAAAAAGAUUCAAGUGCUUGAACUGAGACUUCUCAUAACCAAGAGGAGCUUUGAAGAAAAAAAAAAAAAAAAGACCUGGUAACGUUGCAACAGAGAUGGGAAACUUUUACUGCUUUUAACAUGGAUUCUUCUUUAUAACAUGCUGAAGAUACACUGACACUAUACACAUGUGACUUGCAACUUAACAGCUCAGAGAUGAAAUAUUGACCAGAACAUGAGGCUUGUUUUUUCACUUUGGUAUCAGUAUAUUUUAUUGUCUUGACAGACCGUACCAAUCACUUACCUAUGGAUGAGGAAGCAUUAUGAGUGAAAAGAAUCAGAUUAUACAGAAAUAACAAUUGUAUGAAAUACAUUUUAUCUUUUGGAAUUAUUAAGCAUCUUGAGAAGAUGGAGUCCCAUUUAAUGGAUGGGAAAUGGGAGAUAUGAGAAUAUACUAUAAUCCUGAAAUCUCCUGAUGAUGUAUACUUUUAUGUCAGCAUGUUAGCAAAAGAAGCAUAAAAAAGUGUUUAUCUGCCCUUUUCCAGUAUUAAUUUUUUGUAAUAUAAAUGUUUUGGGGAUGAUAAAAAUAGAUUAUUGAUGGAUAAAUUAGUAAUAAUAUGGAUUUCUGUUUCUAUGAGUUCUAAACAACUCUAUACAGUAUUCGGUUUCAUUGAGAAAUAUUUAUUGUAUCAAAGUACAUUGUACUUAACCCUUUUAGGCCAUCCCUUUUACUGUUUUUCAAUGCUUUAAUAUAUAUUAAUUUAUAUUUGUCCCAGUAUUUUUGUAAUUUUUUUUAUUUUUUUUUUAAAAGGACUUAAAAAUCAGGAUUUUUUGCAAUAGAACUAACGUAGCAUGUCGUCUUGGGGUAAAUGUUUUCGGUCUGUUUUUUCCUCCCCUUCCCCCUUCCUUUUGCUUUUCCUUAGAAUCUGACCACUUGGUGUCACUGAACCUGAAAGUGAUGACAAUCUGCAGUUUUCACAUACAGCAGAUAUUCAGGACACCUUCCAAGAACCUGUAAUAUAUGACAGAAAAUGUCUUUACACUAGGUGGCAAUUGUAGAGAAGUUAAUUUUCCCCAUAUACAGUACUUACAGAAAAUAAGAUGGCGUGUAGAAAAUGACAUUAGAAGGUAGAUCUUUAUAAAUUAAUAUUCCCAUGGAGCUCUUUACCUUUUUUAUAAAAAAGAAAAAAAGGCUGUGCUAUCAAGAACUGUGACUUUCCCCAAAUAAUAAAACUACUUUACUGCCCUAAUGUUCCCCAUGUUAACAUGUUGCUGCUAAAUUAUAAUGUAGAAUUGGUAAUCAAUAGUGGGUUGUGUUCUUCUUUCAGUAAAACCCAGGGUACCCUGUAAAAAUGCAGAUGUUUUUCAAUUUUAUUUUAUUAUUUUUUUUACAAAAAAAUUAGAUGUACAUGUGUAAUGCAGUGUGCUUUGUCUUAUUUGGACUGAUAUCAGUAAUGCUACUGAUGUUUGUAAAUUAAACAGAUAUU